UCACAUAUAGUAUUCAGUACAUCUACACCAGCCUCACAGCUCGCAGUGCAUCUUUUUUACAAGAUCUCGGAGGGUGUUCUGCUGCCUUUUUGUCUGUGCAACAAAUAUGGAUCAAGUCACACCAACCACAGACUUUCUGUGGCCAAACUUUGACGACUAUGACAAUUUCACUAUGCCUCCCGAUGUAAGCAUGAGUCAAGCAACUCCAUGUUUACAGGACGACAUCUACAUUUUUGCACAGAGGUACUCCCCUGUUAUGUACAGUCUGGUAUUCUUCCUGGCUGUUAUAGGCAACGUGCUGGUGCUGUGUGUGAUUCGACGAUACCGAAGCUCUCAGAGUGGAGGAGCCUGUGCCUUCUCUCUGACGGACACCUUCCUCCUUCACUUGGCCAUUUCUGACCUCCUGCUGGCCUUCACCUUGCCUCUCUUUGCAGUGCAGUGGGCUCACGAGUGGGUGUUUGGAUUGGCUGUUUGCAAGAUCUCUGGUGCUCUCUUCUCCCUGAACCGCUACAGUGGCAUCCUUUUCCUGGCAUGCAUCAGCUUUGACCGAUACCUGGCCAUCGUUCAUGCUGUCAGCUCUGGCUGGAAGCGCAACACCUGCCAUGCACAGAUUGCCUGUGCCCUCAUCUGGGUGGGUUGCCUGGGCCUGAGUGGAGUGGACAUUACCUUCAAACAGGUAGUGACGCAUGAUCUAGGCAAUCAUAAGGCAGUCUUGUGCCAGGUGUGGUUCACUAAUAACCCUGAACAGUGGCAGGUUGGGCUGCAGCUGAUCAGUGUGAUUCUCGGAUUUGGGCUCCCCCUGUUGAUCAUGCUCUACUGCUACAUUCGCAUUUUCAGGUCACUCUGCAAUGCCACUCGCCGCCAAAAACGCAAGUCUCUCCGCCUGAUCAUCUCCCUGGUGUCUGUGUUUGUCAUCUCUUGGGCACCGUACAACUGCUUCCAGCUGGCAGAUAGCCUGCAGAUGCUGGGCUUUGUGAAAGAAGACUGCCACUUUGGUCGUGCAGUGGACAUUGGGACUCUGAUUACUGAGAGCGUGGGGCUGUCGCAUUGUGCUCUGAACCCUCUGCUGUACGGCUUCGUGGGGGUGAAAUUCAGGAGGGAGCUGGGCAGGAUGUGUAAGGGGCUGCUGGCACAGAGAGGCUGGCAGGGGAUGGAGGUUGGAGGUUGGAGGGAGAGGAGACUUAGAAGAACCACAGCAUCUUGUAGUUCUGUGAGUGAAAGUGAAAACACCUCCUAUUCUGUCAUGGGGUGAGACUUUUUAGAGGGUUUUCAAGAGGAGAGGUUGCUGUGGGGGUUGAGUGUGUGAGAAAUAUAGAGAGAAACUAAAUGAAAAUGUAAGUUCAGCUUAAUUAACGCUCAAAAUGUUCUCAAGGGGAAGAAUGUUCAUGUUUUCUUUCACUGGUGCUUUGCCAUCUGGUUGUUGAUAGUGCAGCUUAUCAUGUUGUUGUUUUUUUUGUUUUUUUGCAAGAAUACUACAGUGAGAGUGGGUGUAUAAACAUUUAAAUCUCACAUGAUAAUGCGGUCAUGUAACCUUAAGCAGUGAAAACUGCUGUGAAAACUGAUUUUUUUUUGUGUAUGUGUGUGUUUUUAAACAUUGUGAAAUGUAUAGAUUUCUUCAUACUUCUAGAAAAGCUUAUUCAGCAGCUGUGACCUCAUUAGUCACAUCUUACAUCGUAAUAUUUCACAUCCUUAAGACGUAGCUUUCUUGUCAGAGGGUCCACACUUUGUAAAACAGUGAUCUUCAUACAAUGAUUGUACAAGCGGAAAUUGUCAUUUCACCUUUUUUUUCUUCUUUAUAAUCGAUGCAGCUUUUCUUUCUGCGUGUUUCAAAAGUGAACUCCAUGCUGUAAAAGGGGAAAUGAAUGCAGCAUGAGUCAUUUUGAAUUUUGUAAAAAUACAGCUUUGUUAUGUACAAAGACUUUUCUAAUAAAUAUUUUGGAAUAAAAACAUUGUAUC